CUGUCAGAUGACCAGAAAUCACAUGAUUUGCAGAGAGCUUGUUUUGCAUUUUGCGAAAUUCUCGCAUUGCAUUGUUCGUGUGCUGAAGAGAGCGAGAGCGGCAGAACUUGCGUAGUUUGCUGAGAAACUUUCGUUUUGUUUGAGCCAGUUAGCUUCGGGUUUUCAAGAUGAAGAUCGUUCUGAUGGCCGUUCUGCUGUCUGCAGCUGUCUUCAGCUCAGCGACAAGGAUUCCCCUGUACAGGAUGCCUCGGGUUCGACGCACUCUGACUGAGAAUGAUGUGACUUUGAAACCGUCGAAGUAUCAAACCCCAACGAACGGAUCAGUCAGGAUUGUUGAUUACAUGGAUGCGCAAUACUACGGGCCAAUAACCAUCGGAACGCCCCCGCAGCACUUCAACGUUAUCUUUGACACUGGGAGCUCAAACCUGUGGGUCCCGAGCGUAGACUGUAGCUGGCUGGAUGUCGCUUGCUAUUUGCACAACAAGUACGACUCCAGCAAAUCGUCCACCUAUCAGAAGAACGGCACCAAAUUCUCCAUUCAGUACGGCACAGGAGCCUGCAGUGGCAUUUUGGAUAUUGACACCGUUAGAGUCGGCGAUGAGACUGCUUUGAAGCAAACCUUUGGAGCCGCGACGCACCAACCGGGAAUAACGUUCAUCGUGGCCAAAUUUGACGGCAUCCUGGGAAUGGGCUACCCAGCAAUAUCUGUUGACGGCGUAAUUCCGGUCUUCGACACUCUGAUGGCUCAGAAAUCCUUAGACAAGAAUGUCUUCUCCUUCUACCUCAACAGGAAGGAAGGUGCUGCAGUUGGUGGUGAGCUCAUCCUAGGAUCUUCCGAUCCGAAAUACUACACUGGCCAAUUCUCCUACGUUGAUGUCACCAAACAGGGCUACUGGCAGUUCAAAAUGGACAAAGUUCAGAUUGUGAGCAAGGGCCUGACUGUCUGUGAGAAUGGUUGCCAAGCAAUCUGCGACUCUGGUACUUCGCUCCUCGCUGGCCCCACAGCAGACGUCAAGAAGAUCCAAGAUGCCAUCGGGGCUGCGCCUCUCUUUGAAGGGGAGUACCUUGUGGACUGCAGCAAGAUCCCAACCAUGCCCAACGUGACCUUCACACUGAACGGGAAAACGUUCACACUGACACCACAGGACUAUGUACUGAAGGAAUCGACAGCGGGCGAGACCUUGUGCCUGAGCGGGUUUCUGGGCAUGGACAUCCCCAAACCCAUGGGCCCUCUCUGGAUCCUGGGUGAUGUCUUCAUCGGGAAAUACUACACCGAGUUCGACCGCGAUAACAACCGCGUUGGCUUCGCCACGGCUGUCAAGGGUUUGGACAUCAAAGUUGGCAACUAAACUGCGACGCGUUCCACAAAUCUGUGCACCGACCGAGGGUGGUUUUUUAAUUCGCUAAACCACCAGGGAUGUAGUCAAGUCCAUCACAAGUCCUCCAGUCCCAACUCAACUC